AUGGGUCUCAUUUUCAACAUCGCCCUUGCGGUCUUCGCUGGCACGGGCAGCUUUCUCUUCGGAUAUGACUCCGGAGUAAUGACAAUCGUCAUUCAAUCACCAAACUUCCUCGCUUUUUUCCGUACAAAGGAAACAUCGCCCGUCAUAGGAGCCAUCAAUGCCACAUUUUCAGGCGGAGCAUUUUUCGGUUCGAUGAUGGGAGGUUUCACAAUGGAUAGGUUUGGUCGCAGAAAAACGAUUAUGAUUGGUGCCCUCAUAAACUUGGUUGGAGCCAUACUUCAAUGCGCUGCUCGAAAUCUCGCUAUGAUACUUGUCGGACGAAUCUUGGCUGGUUGGGCAGUAGGUUUGAUGUCCAUGUCUGUGCCAAUCUACCAAACAGAAUGUGCUCAUCCUAAAACACGAGGUCUCAUAACUGGUCUUACCCAGCAAAUGAUUGGUGUAGGUUUCAUCGUCUCAACCUGGGUUGGUUACGGUUCCUCGAAAGUGCCCGAGACAUCGUCAUUCUCUUGGCGGUUCCCACUCGCUUUCCAAUGCAUCCCAUGUCUGAUCAUCCUAUGCGGUAUGCUGUUCUUCCCUGAAUCGCCGAGAUACUUGGUUGAGAUCGAUCGCGCGGACGAUGCUUUGAAGGUGCUUAAGAAACUGCACUACGAUGGCACGAACGACGAGUGGAUCCAGAACGAGUUCAAUGAGAUCAAGUUGACUAUUGAUGCCGAGAAAGCAAUUACAGCGCCAGGGUGGAAGAUCAUGUUUACUGUUCCGGUGUGGCGGAAGAGACUUAUGCAUGCUACCCUUGUGCAGGUGUUUACGCAGAUGACCGGUAUCAACGUUAUCGGUUACUACUCCACUAUUCUCUACAAGAAUCUCGGCAUAGUCGGCGAUCGCAACCUUCUAGUCACCAGCAUUUACAACGUCGUUGGCCCUAUAUUCAACCUCUUCUUCAUCGUCUUCCUGCUCGAUCGCGUGGGCCGCAAAAAGCCCCUUCUCUUCGGCACGAUUGGUAUCUCCAUUGCCCUCAUCUGUGAGGCAAUCAUCGGAUCUCAAGUCGAGGGCGCGACAGGCUCCCGCAGAGAUUCACUAUCCGCCGCAGGAGUCUUCUUCUUAUUCUUGGUGUCGUGCAUCUUCAGCAUGUCGUUCGGCCCAAUUUCUUGGGUAUACGCCAGUGAGAUCCUUCCGCUAAGUAUUCGUGGACGUGGAUCUGCCUUUGCGACUGGUUUCGGUAACUGGCUGGUUGGAACAGUGUGGAGUCAGGUGUCCCCGAUCGGGCUGGGUGCUAUCACGUACAAGUUCUACUUCAUCUUCGUGGCCUUCAACAUCUGUGUUACAUUCCCCACUAUCUGGUUCGUGUUCAAGGAAACCAAGCAACUUACACUUGAGGAGAUUGAUCUGCUGUUUGGCGACCGUGCACUUGGUACGCUCCCCGAUGACUUGGACGAUAAGCAAAGGGAGAUAGAACUGGAGAGGAUCAAUGCUGCGAAGCAGAAGCUUGCUGGCUCGAACGUGACUGCUGUGCACUAA